AUGCCCAGCGAGUAUGAGGACAAAUUUUUGCUAUUGCGGGACGAAAACUUGGCGCUUAAGAAGAAGAAGAAUGAGCAAGAGACCACUAUUAAACGUAUGUAUACUAAGUUGGCAAUGAUCGAGGAAAAGAUCUCCAAGACGCGGAUGAACAAUCAAGACGAUCUAGAGAUGGGGCGUAAUAUUGCUGUUGUCCCUGUGCGACGGGACCGGGAAGUAGAAAAAUUUAUCGCCGCACUAAAGAUUGAAAACAACACGCUAAAGAAAAAAAAUCAGACACUGAUCGAAAAGAAUAGAUGGCUAGCAGAGAAGUGUCGACAAUCGAGUACUUCAAAGCAGCAAGGAGGAGAGUCACGACUGACGAUGAGAAAAAAAGCUGCUUGCAACAUGGGCAAAAGUGAUGCUUUAUCCGGAAAUAUCCGAAAAUUGGAGUCUGAAAGUGCACGAAAAUUUCAACGUGGAACAUUCUCGGGGGAUCUUGAAGUGGCGCUAAAAAAGAGACUUAUUACUGCAGAGAAGCAGCUCAAUAAGCUGCAGACAGAAAACGCGCAGCUUCGCAUGUCUAGUGACAGGCUUCAAUCGGAGGCAAGGCGAAAUAACAACGAAGUGGUUGAGUCGAGUUACGAUGAAGGACAAAGGAAAUUAGCAGACAGCAAAGAGCCUUUAAGCUUGGAGCAUGACCUGCUAAAGAGAGAGUUGCAGGACCGGAUAGCACAACUUGCUAUACUUAAUGCGAGAUACGAAAAUCUAGAGCUAAACGCUCUGGCAGAACGUGAAAUACAAGAGAAAACGUUGGAACAAAUGGAUCAAAUGAAUCGUCAAGUGCAUAAGCUUCGCAUGCAGUUGCAGGAUGCUAUCGUGGAGAACGAAGAGCUAGAAAUACGGGUGAUGAAGGCUUGCGAUCAGGAAAAAGAAUAUGAAAUUUUGCGACAGCAAAACCGCCGUUUAGAAGAGCGUAUGACCGUGCUAUGUGAAAGCCCGUUCAUUAACAAUGCUUUUCAGCGCAAGGAACGCAUUGACAGACUGUUAGCUUUAGAAAAGCUAACGGAAGAACAAAAGGCGACGAUUAGUCAGGUGAGUGAGGAAAAUCAGAAACUUCAUGGUGCCAUUCGAGAGUUGCAAGAGAGUAUUAAGCAAUCAAAACAGGCAAAAGAUCGGGUUGAGCAAGACUUAGCACAACUGGCGCAUCAUUUGAUGGAGAAACAGAAUGAAAGGAGUCUUGAUGUUAUCAAAUCAACAGCCAUAAGUGGCUCAUUAUCGCGCCUGGAAUCCAUGUCAAAUUUCCAUGUCUCUACACCCGGGCCGCAUAACGAACCUUACAAAAAACGCGAUGCUUGUUCUUCUCCAACGGGCAAUGACGUAGCGCCUAGCAGGAAUUCCUCUUCUGUCAAUGUCGGUGGAGGAGUUGUAAAUCGAGAGUACGAAAGCCAUGAUAUUUCCACCACGUUUCUCGAUUCGAUGGAAGAAAAAAAUGACCACAGUAUUAAUCAUUUGCAAAAUCGCGUGCACGUCCUUCGGGUUGCUCAUCUAAAAGCAGUGCAAGAGCUGGAACGCUGCGAGAAGAUGCUGCAGGCACAAAUUAACAUUAAUCGCGAUCUUGCUCUCGAAAUUGAGGAGCUUGCCAUGUUUAAAAUUUCGACCACAAAUCAAUUGCAACGUCAUAUGAAGGAUCUUGAGAUACUUUGUGAAGAGCGGCAACAAAGAAUACAAAAUCUUGAAACAGAGACAAGACAGCUGAAAUAUGCUCUAGAAUUGGUAAAUAUCAGGGUGCGGGGAGCAGACGAUGAAGGUUCUGAGAGUGGUAGUGAGAUAUGUGAUGCCGCAUUCUCAUCAGAAUCGUUAGUAUUGGCAGCGCAGGACUUGGCUCCUGGGAAGCAGCUACUUGAACUGAAAAUAAUCAAUGGACACUUUGAUGAUAGUGCGAUAGGGAUUAAAUCUUCGACUUUUAUCUUGUGUGAUUUUUACGAUUUCGAAACGCAGGCAACGCCAAUUGUCAUGGGAAAUCGCCCACAUUAUAAUCUUUCUGUCAUAUUCAAAGUGAGCGUCGAUGGUUUUUUCUUAAGGUAUUUGGCUGCCGGGACUAUCAAUCUAGAAGUACAUCAAGUAAUUCGAGGUGAGAUUAAGCUGAUUGGCGAAUCGUCCAUCUGUCUAUCUAAGCUGCUGCAAUCAAACGGAGUGGUGGAGGAACCUAAAAUCAAAAUUAACUCUGUCACGAACACUGAAGGCGGUAGGGCCGUAUUGGGAACGUUAAACAUUAUCAUGAGCAUUUCCACUUCAAUCCUGAAAGUUUGGCAAGUUCACCUUCGCUCUUACCCUCAGGAUAUUACGCUCUUUUCGAAAUUAGAGGGAAGUCGAAAACAAACAAUCUUGCCUGAUGCGUUGUACAAGAAAGAAUGGGAUUUUGAUGAGAGUAUUUUCACCAAUGAACUGCAAAUUACAGUGUUUGCUUGUCGAAACUUGCCCUUUCAUGGGAAACAAUUCCCAUCAUCAUACGCACACUAUCAACUGCUCGGAUUUCCGGACGUUUUCACGAAUAUUGUACCUGAAUCAGCAUGCCCAAAGUAUGAUUUAAGCUGCAGCCAACAGGCUUUUGCCCUCAAAGUCGAUGCAUGCCUUCUUCGUUUUUUGUCCAAAUUUCGACUAGAGAUGGCAGUUUUUGAUGAUCAAGCCAAUUCUAAUGAAAUUGCAAAAGGAGACGAACUGGUGGGAAGGUGCAAGCUUUUGUUGUCAGACCUUGUGCGCGGUGAAGAUAUUCGCGGAUGGUUUCCUUUGAAUGAUCGAAACGAGCGGCAUGCGGGGGACAUAUUUGUUUUGAUUCACUGGAAGGAUCUUUUCCAGGUACUUCGUUUAAAUUCUUUGCAACAAGCAAAAGAAUCAACAGUUGACAUGCACUCACUUAACUACGAUCAGCAACACGCGUUGUUGUCAAUGUUUCUCGCUGGCACAGAUGGACGAGUAAAUUACCGUCAAUUUCUGCACUACGCCGCCCCAUCCGAAGAUUUAGAACUUCUUAUGGCGAAAAUGAAAGAGAGACUCGAAUACGCUAUGGACGCAGGGAUGAUAAAUUCUGUUCAUGAUGCUUUUGUUGUUAAAGUGGACGGAAAACAUCGAAAGCAGACGCUUGUACCUAUUGAGACAAUUGCGAAAUCUGGAGAGAAUUACGGGAUUUUUCUCUCUGAUGUAGAGCGAGAUAUAUUGCAAUUAACUUUUAAUGUCACAGACGCUUAUUCAGAUGAUCGAUCAGUAAUAGGACUCGAUGUUUCGGAAGCUACGAAAAAUUAUAUCGCUGUGGACUAUUUGCUGCUCCAUAUUAAUCCUCGUUCAAGUUGCAGCGAGCGGCUGCUAUGUUUCAAAAUUCGACAAACGCUAGGUCGGUAUAUCGAAGAACAAAGUAAACGAAAAGCCUCUGACAUUGUACAAGCUUGGAAGUUGUUUGAAAAUUUUGACGAUGAUAAGUGUGGCCGACUUACCCGAUCCACGUUUCGAAAGUGUUUGUCUGCGCUGGGUUUCAAUUUAGUGAAUGCUGAGACGGAGUAUCGUGAGCUAAUCCAGCAGCAUACGAAAGAUCCUUGCUCAAGUGGUAAGCCAAAUAAUCUAACUACUUUCACAUUUGUACCAACACGUAGAGAUUGCAUUUCCGGGGAAGAAAUAAAUAGUACUAAUGACGCAAUCAUGAGUUCCAAGGAAGCAAAAAUUUCAGUAGCAUCGUUUGACCCUGGUCUUCCUUCCACGACGAAUGUGGCGUCUAUCGAAUUUCAGCGAAGAAAACGAGCUUUCCUGGAUCGUAUGAAAGCUGUUGCUUCUUCCAGCAGUAAAAGCUUGGUAUAUGAGCAUGUCGAAAAAAAGCUGGGAGAUGCGCAAACGCAGGUAAAUGAACGUAAAUCUAACGAUUUUCUUUAUCAAAAGGGUUUUGCUAGGCAGCUUCACCUCCCCCGAAACCUACAGCAUGAAGAGACCCUAACGCUACAGAAACAAUGUCGGCAAUAUAAAGAGUCACAGCAAAAGAACCUCGUAAAGGAGUAUGUUAAGACAACAUUGAUAGAAGCAGAUAUACAACUACAAAUUCAUUUCAGUAAAUGGAGAUCUGCUGAUUUGGCAGGCUUUGAAGUCCGCAUUCUUGCCGACAUUAUGCGUGACUUUCCAGAGGCAGUAAGCUCAAAAGUGCUGACAAAAAAGCAGGUAGUCUACUUUUUUUCGAGAAUGCCACAGGUGGAAUUACCACCAGCCUUGCUGUGGCAAAUAAUGGACUAUUUUUUGGUCAAGGAAAGUGGAAUGGUAGCGUUUCAGUCUCUUCUCAAAUUUAUCUUUUCCACGUCUACUGGAGAUUAUGAGCAAGAGAGAAGGCAGCGUUUGUCGGUACUUCGACGACUAUACUUUGAUUUAGGGUAUGCAUCUUACAUUUUUAUGUCAACUGGCGAUAUUGAGGAAUCAGGUCUUAUUUCUAUCAAAAAAUUUCACGAGGGGUUGUCGAGACUUGGCGUCCAGCUAUCCACCGAGGAGUUGUAUCUCUUGACGAUUAUGUUUGAUGCCAAUGGCCACCAGAUUCUCUAUCACGCCCUUCUGCACAUUCUGACUCAACUGCCACACUGCCAACAGCUGGCUGAAGCCUUAGAGCGGUGUCGGAGUGCUGGAAUUUCCUUCCUACGUGAAAAGAUGCUAACCUCUGUAAACUCUGACGAUCAUUUCAUAUCCCAUAAAAAUUUGCUUCAAGUUUUGAUGCAGCAAAAUUCAGAAAAGACGCAAUUCGCUACUCGGGACGCGCGCUUGCUCUUCCAAAUGGUAGGCGGUAGCAACAACCCAGUCACGCAGAUCUCGAUUCAAGAUAUUUGCUCACGACUUGAGGCAGUAACCAAGUACAGUCAGAGAAUACCAACUUAUGGUUGGAAUAAGUAUGAUUUGCAUCACCUCCAACAAUUGGCCUGGAAUUGCAGAAAAUUCACUUGUGGAAGCCUUGCCGAGUUACAAAAUGAAUUUGAACGAUAUGACUGGCAAAAACAUGGACAAGUUUCUCUGGAGACAUUUGUCUCGAUCGCAUCCCACAAAGGGUUUUUAUUACUAACUGAAGUCCAGCUCAAAGGCAUCGCAAAGAAUUUCGGCGAGAAAGCAAAUGGUUCAUUUGGCAUAAGGUAUCGAGAAUUUCUGGAGUGGACAACGCCACCACCACCUGUUGAUAUGGAUGCGGUCGAGAAAAAGCUUCGCGAAACAGCACAAGAACAAGCUAAUAAGUUACCAAGUAAACAGCUCUCUGAGGUGUACAACAAAUGGAAUCAGAUUUUUUUGACACAGACAGAAACCUCAUCCAAGGGAGCGAUAUCUCGAUCAAAUUUUGUAAGAAUUUGCAACACUAUGUUACGUCUACCCUUAAACGAAAAUGAGAUGCGCACAUUGCUGUACACAUAUGAUCCUGAGCUUCAUGAUUUAAUUAAUUCGGGCUCUUUUCUUCGAAUGAAUUGGCGAGAGGCCAAGAGUAUAUACGAAAAGCAUUCAAAGGCAAUCGAUGCUAGAGUCAUCCAAAGCAAAAUCAGUGAAAAGCUACAGGACGAAGUUCACGCUGCGGAAAAGAUUGCCGAAGCUUUUUCAUACAACGAGAACACCAGUGAUAGUUGUGUAGAAUGUGACCACUUUAUUACAGCAAUGCAAAAAUUGGGAAUCGCAUUGUCACCAAGCGAAGUACAAUCUCUCUAUGUUUCUUUUGGUGAACCGUCAAAUAAGCAAAAAUUGGAUUUUGUUAAAUUUUUUAAGCAUUCGUUCGGCAUUCACGUGCUAGAAUUCCCGAAACUGGACUCGGAUCGUCAUUUAUCUUAUGAGAGUGAAAAACUGCUAAAUUCUGCAUUAGAGACCGCAGUGGGUAUUUCACCUUCAAAAAUCCAGAAGAGCUUCAUGCAGUUUCAAGAGUUUUGCGUAGUUCACCGUUUUAGCAAAAAAAAGAUAUCGAAAUUGUGGCGUCAGAUGAAAGCAAACGGUCUGAUUAAUAUUCUAUCCAGCAGAGUUGUUGGGCUGCUAUUGCAGAAAUUUUCAUCUACACUAUACAAAAGUGAUGGUGAUCUAGUCUCAAGCGUAUCCCUCAAGGCUGUUCAUAGGUACCUAAGAAAUUUCUUGAGCGGCUUGCCAAUAGACAGCAGUCAAAAAGACGAAACGCUUGGCAAAUCUACAGAGUUAGUGUCGUCAGGUGUUAGAUCAAAGACAGCUAUGAUAAUUCUUUCCGAUCUCGCAGACUCGUGUGAUGAACGUGGAGUGGAUUAUCGGGCAGAGUUUGAAGCUUUUGACAAUUUGUACACAGGGUGUGUGACAGCAAAGCAGCUUAAAAGAAUUUUGCUUUGUCUGGACAUCGCUAAAUAUGCGUCUCCUUUACCUGCAGAGACAGUGAUUGGACAGCUUGUUCGUCAAUUUCGAAGCUCUCAAGAAACGGAUGCGGUGCAAUACACGAAGAUGCUGUACGAGGCGGUUAAGCCUUUUUGGUCCAUUUUUGAGCUACGCUGCUUUGAUCAGACAAUAGAGCACCUACGGUCACGCAUCAGAUUAAAAUCCAAUCUUGCAGGUAAGAUCGAUCAUUUCGACGAAUUAAAUUAUGCCAGAUUGGAUGCUACUUUCAGCCAUUUUGAUCUUGAAAAAAAAGGCUAUUUGACAGCAAUCAGCAUUAGUGACGGUUUGCGGGCGCUUAAUUACGAUCUAUCCCCAGCUCAAAUAAGCACGUUGAUGCUAAACAUGUCUGUAUUCUGCCACGAUGGGGGUGGACUUUCACGUACUGAGUUUGACUCCUUCGCACUGGAUCCUUACGCAGCCCGUCUUCUGAAAGAUUUAUCCAAUCGGCUUUACUUUGAUCGAAAGGGGCUAAAGGACAAAGGCAAAGCGCCUCGAAUUGCAUAUCUAAGUCGGCUGCUGACGGGAUAUGAUGGACAAAAUCACCAAGGAAGCCUUGUCGCAGAAAUUUUUUGGACCCAAUUAGAGCGAACCUUGGAGAAACAAAUAACAGAACUAGAAAGGCAAAGGCUCAAGCAUCUUUUCGAUGUGGAGCGAAACGGAUGCAUUGCCUACCGGCUCUUUCUUAAGGUAAUGUCCCAAUUGCGGGCAUCAUUUAGCAAAGCAUCACUUGAAUCUGCACGAGCUAGCAGCGUUGCACAACGGCAAGAGGAUCUCGUAAAGACAGGUGUAGCAGCCACGCCUAACAACCGGCCUCAGUCUUUACAAGUCGCUUCAAACGACACUUACAUUUGUGCGUGCGAUGCUACUCUUCGAUCGUUGUCCAACCAAAUGUCUUCAAUUGAUUUCGACUCUCAAUUAGAAAUUGUCGAGGAGUAUUUGAGGAUGACGGAUCCUGAACACUCGGGAAGCAUCGAGGUGAAGCAGCUUAAGCGUGUCUUUGAUCAAAUUGGUCUAUCUUUGUCAGCAGACGCGCUUAUGAGUUUGCAAUUGUUAUUUCCUGGUCAAGUGUCAUCUGACGCGAAAGAUGAACAAAAAAACUUUGUAGCUUACAAAAAACUUUUGCUGGCACUAAAUGCACUACAUCAAACGAAUGAUGACCAGUGA